UGGGGUCUCGCGUGGGGCCGGGGCCGGAGCCGCGGCUCGUUCCGGUUCCGGGGGAGGGCUGUGAGGGUCGCCAUGGCGAGCAACGCCGCCAGCCUAAACGCGGUGCGGGAAACCAUGGACGUUCUCUUUGAGAUUUCAAGAAUAUUAAACACUGGCUUGGAUAUGGAGACAUUGUCUAUUUGUGUGCGGCUUUGUGAACAAGGGAUAAAUCCAGAAGCAUUAUCAUCUGUUAUUAAAGAACUGCGCAAGGCUACAGAAGCUCUAAAGGCUGCUGAAAAUAUGACAGGCUGAUAUGGGCAAAGAUUUCUGCAUGAGAAGAAUGCCAAGAUAAACUUAACAGGAGUUCUGAAGAUUGCCAGUAUUCAGACAAAAAUGAAAUAAGUGUGUAUGCAAAGGUCUCAGAAUAUUUCUGUAAUAUUAUUCAAAAGAAUGGUGUAUAUAAUAUAAUAGCUUUGAAAAUUUUUUUAAUAAGUUCACCAGUAAUAGUUUACUUGGUAUUUUUGUGAACUGUUUGUGAAUGUAGUGCAAUUGCUCUUUGGCAUCCAGUACUUUUAAAAUCAUGCCAGUUACUGUACAUCUGUUGAAUUUACUAGCAUGUACAAAUGAGUAUUGUUAUAGUGAGUGCACCUUUUUUAAUGCAUCCUUUAGAAGUGCAGGUAUAUCCUGAGUUUUAUCUCUUGCUUUGAUGAAAAACUGCAUGUAACAAUUUUAGCCUUGCUUUAUGGACCACAGAGGAAUGAAACUUAGACUGACUUUAUUUUAAUUAGAGUAAGGGCAGUGACUUAAGUAUCAAUUUGAUAGUAAGAAGUAAAGCAUUUUUGAUAAUAUAAGUAAUGAAUUGUCCUUUUUAUUUUGAUUCAAAUUGCUGGGAAAAGUGUUUUACUUAGAUAACAAAGGUGCUUCAGUUAUCCAUGCAGAAAUGUAUGUAAAUUUAAACUCUAGAUGACGUGGGAUGUUUUACGAAGAUUAAAUGCUACAUUUGUUAUUUGUUCCAACUACUGGAUCUAAAAAUAUUUAGUCUGUAUGUUAUUGCUUAGUCAAAGCAUAAAUGAGGAGCAUCAGAUUUGGUUGAUGAGUAUCAAUGAGUCUUAAACAGUCAUUUGGUCUAGAAAUGUCUUCUCCUUUAGAACUAGGAAUCUUCACUGGUGCCAGACGAAGUGGUUAUUUCCAGUAAAUAUCCUUUCAUCCAGAAA